CCUUGGUGUCUGCUCAUUUCACAAACGCCUAAAAGUAGGCAUUGCACAGACAUCUAGCUUCGGAUCAGCAGCGUUCUCUGCGCAACGAUGCAAAUCCAGAGCAAUAUACAGAGUGUGAACUCGAUUUUCGGCUGCAACUCGUCGGGUCAUAGUGGCAUCAACCAGCUCGGUGGCGUGUACGUGAACGGGCGGCCGCUGCCCGACUCCACCCGGCAGAAGAUCGUCGAGCUGGCGCACUCGGGCGCGCGCCCCUGUGAUAUUUCCCGCAUCCUGCAGGUCUCCAAUGGGUGCGUUAGCAAAAUACUCGGCCGGUACUACGAGACGGGCUCGAUCAAACCGCGAGCCAUCGGCGGCAGCAAGCCCCGCGUGGCGACGGCGGCCGUAGUGUCGAAGAUCGCGGAGUAUAAGGCUGAAUGUCCGAGCAUUUUCGCUUGGGAGAUACGCGACCGUCUGCUUUCGGAGGGCACCUGCAACAACGACAACAUACCGAGCGUGUCAUCCAUCAAUCGUGUCUUGCGAAAUCUAGCAUCGAACAAGGAAACGUCGUCGCAGAGCAAUGAGACGGUGUACGAGAAAAUCAAACUAUUCAACAACACCAGCGGCCACUGGACCUGGUGCCAGAACAUUGGUAGCGGUCAGUUCAACUUCUCCUCGCACCCGAUUCCCCAUCUGUCGCUUAAAUCAUCCGCCGAGCAGCCUUCCAAGCCAGCCAACUGUUGCCUGGAAGAGAUGAGUGAUAAAUACUCGUCCGAAGACGACGAGGACUCCGAGCUUCGCCUGAAGCUGAAGCGAAAACUGCAACGAAAUCGAACAUCGUUCACGAACGAGCAGAUCGAAAAUUUAGAACGAGCAGAAUUCGAGCGCACCCACUACCCGGACGUGUUUGCCCGCGAACGGCUGUCCGAGCGGAUCCAGCUGCCGGAGGCACGCAUACAGGUAUGGCUAGGGACACGGUCAGGUAUGGUAAACCAGGUAAAUUGCAAUCCACUGUAUAUCAACAAUAGUCUGAUAGCCAAAGUCGUACGUGUGAUAAACUGGGUGCUGGUACAGUGUCGGUAAGUUACUUCCCAUACUCCAUAAAAGGGAAUUUAUGUUAAGUAGUAGAUGAACGAGCAUAUGGAAUGGUUGGGUUUCCAGUCUUCUCAUUCCCAGCACGAAUCGAUGAAAUUCAUCCCCCCCGUGGAAUCGCUGUUCCGGUGGUAA